CUGAUUGUGAAAGAUUACACUUGAGAGUCGAAAUACAUCUUUACAUCACACGUCAGUGGGCACUGAGCUGUCUUCAAAGUAACACGGAUUAGACACACGCAGUUUCCUUUUACGUAAUGAUGCUUGCGUACCUGUGAUUGUAGUGACAGACAUUUGUGUUUUACCUGGACUUUUGUAUGUGUUAGAACUGAUUCGGUGUUUGGAAUCUCUCCUGCUCCUGAUUCUGCGCCAAUGGCUGUAUCAACGUUGAACAUGACUCCUUAUUUCACGGGAUAUUCGUUUCAAGGACAAGGUCGUAUGAAUCAACUAGGCGGAGUAUUCAUCAACGGUCGCCCGCUGCCCAACCACAUCAGGCUGAAGAUCGUGGAGAUGGCGGCGGCGGGCGUGAGGCCCUGCGUCAUCUCGCGACAGCUGCGCGUCUCGCACGGCUGCGUCUCGAAGAUUCUCAACAGAUAUCAGGAAACCGGUUCAAUCCGCCCCGGAGUGAUCGGAGGAUCAAAGCCAAGGGUGGCCACACCGGAAGUUGAGAACCGGAUAGAAGAGCUGAAGAGACAAAACCCAGGUAUAUUCUCCUGGGAGAUUAGAGAUAAAUUAAUAAAAGAAGGCAUUUGUGAUAAAAACACGGCCCCGUCGGUCAGUUCGAUAUCGCGACUCAUAAGAGGAGGCAAAAGGGAUGAAUCAGACCCUAGAAGAAACCACAGUAUUGAUGGUAUUCUAGGUCCAUCAUCAUGUGAGGAUUCGGAUACUGAAUCAGAACCAGGCAUUACGUUGAAAAGGAAACAGCGAAGGUCAAGGACAACUUUCUCUGGCGAUCAGCUUGAGGCUUUGGAACGAGCAUUCACUAGGACUCAAUACCCAGAUGUUUAUACUCGUGAGGAGUUAGCGCAGAAGACUAAAUUAACUGAAGCUAGAGUUCAGGUCUGGUUCUCUAACCGAAGAGCUCGUCUCCGCAAACAACUGAACUCUCAACAACUGAGUGCAUUCAACACCAUGUCCUUACAAUCUGCUUUCCCAUCUGUCCAUCAACAAUACGAACCACCUUCUACAUUUAACGCUCAAUGCGCAUCAUGGCAACAAUCCUAUUCCUCAGCUUUGGGUACCAGUUCUGUUUUAAACUCAGCAUUAGCACCUUCAUUACACCAAUCAGCGUUAACUGCACCAUCAGUUUGCCAGUCAGCUCUUGCCGCAUCAUCCCUUCAUCCUCCAACGUCUACUUCUUUCUCAUCAGGAAAUUUAACUCCUCUGUCCCACUCGUCUGAAUUACCAACGCCUUUGCAAGCGUCAUCAGAUAUCACUCCUCCCAGUUCAAGCCCAACUGCGGCAAGUCCUACGGCCAAUCAGAGUGGUGGCAUUACCUACCAACAUCCUACUUACGCAAAUGGAAGUGAAGCUCUCAGUCAUCCAUAUGGAUACAGCGAUUACGCUAAGCAAGAAAUGUCUGCCCAUAACCACUGGUCGACGAGACAACUAAGUGGGCAUCCACAAAACAAACUAACGGAAGUCGGUGCGUGGCCGGAAAAUUAUAGUUCGUUUUUUGGUACUAACCCCUCUCACUAUGCGUCACAUGCGCAUUCACCGAGCGAAGCUAAGUCGGGAUACCCCUACAUUGGACAAUUGGGCGGCAUGGACAUGGGAAGAGUGCAUUAGAAGUUUAAUAUCUAAUUAAUUACUUAUUGACAUGUAAUAGUUAAUUAUUAUUUUGUAAUGUAACCGGCUUACUACAGUAUUUUAAAACCAGAUAAUCUACUACGAGCAGUCUCGUUUGGUUUGUAAGUGAUAAAAUUUAACAAAUAUAGUUGGUAUGAGGUUUGUUUCCUCUAUCUCCACUCUUAGCAUUUGCAAUGCUCUUCCGGCUUCCGUUUCCUCUUUUACUUGAAAUAUUGGUACCGUCCCAAAUACCUUAUGCUAUGUUCUGCAAAAUUCAGAGUCUACCUGUAAAGUCUCUUGCAUUGAUUGUCGAAUCAACAUCUCCUGAAGAUGUUUUGAAAUCGGUGUAAACAGCAAGUUGAGAAUAUUUUAUAAGUUCUUUGGCAGGCAGGCAAUGUGCCUUACAGUUUUAUCAGAUUUUCCCAGACACUUAUAAUUUCUCCGUGAACGAGGAUAAACACCUCGUUUGUACUAACAUUGUUUAAAACUUCAUAUAAAAGACCUUUUAUAACUAUUAAAACUGAGUAACCAUGCUUCCUCUUAUGGUAAAAAAAUGCCUUAAAUACAUUUGUGCCUUUAUUCAUAUCAAUAAAAAAAAAGUUAUAAACAACUAUUUUUAUAUUUUAUAUCUACAAUUUAACAUCUUGUAGUAACGAACACUUUGAAGACUAAAAUAGUUUUAGGAUAUAAAUCAUUGUAUUAUAUACAGCUUUAUUUACUUAUUAUAGAAUGUUUAAGUGAAACAUUUUGUUCCUAAAUAACUGUUAAAUCACUGAUUAAAUUUUUGUCCAUUUUAGGGUUAAUGUUUGUACUAAGUUGUAUAAUAUUGUAAAAGUUUGUCAAUAAAUAUAAUUUAAGUAUAAGUUAGAAUAUUUACAAAACUAAUUAUGUAUAUGAAUUAAAAUAGAGAAUAUUACAAAUCCCUGAAAUGCCUUGAUGCGAUUGUGAUUUUAUAAUAAAAUUUGUAUUUAUUUUGAUAGUUACGUUUUAUGUAGAUUAGUUUAUAGAUAAGGAUUCAAAGCACUUUUUAAAAAUGUUUAUCCAAAAUAAACCUCAAUUUACUGA